GCUUUUCUCAUCCAGUGUGCACAAGCAAUAGCUUUUAACAACCUUCCAUUUGCUGGUGAGCUACUGAAGAAGAUAAGGCAACACGCUUCACCGUAUGGAGAUAGUUCUCAGAGGCUGGCGCUUUACUUUGCGAAUGGUCUUGAGGCACGGCUGACCGGGACAGGGUUCAGAAUGUAUCAGAAACUGAUGGAGAAACGAACAAGGGCCACAGACAUGUUAAAGGCCUACCGUCUUUUCGUUGCAGCAUGCCCUUUUGCCAGGGUAGCAUACUACUUCUCCAACCAAACAAUUGCUGAUGUAUUGCACAGACGACCAAAGGUGCAUAUCAUUGAUUUUGGCAUCUCACUUGGCUUUCAGUGGCCAUCACUAAUGAAGCGCUUCGCAAAGCGAGAAGGUGGCCCCCCAAAGCUUCGUAUCACAGGCAUAGGUGUACCCCAGCCAGGUUUUCGCCCCUGUGCAAUGAUUGAUGCAACAGGAAAACGGUUGGCUGAGUAUGCAGAAAUGUUCCAUGUACCUUUUCAGUAUCAAGGUAUAGCCUCGAGAUGGGAAAAUAUCUGCACCGAGGAUCUCAACAUUGAUAAGGAUGAGGUGCUCAUAGUCAACUCUAUGUACCAAACAAAAUAUCUUGGCGAUGAGACAGAAGACAUAGAUAGUGCAAGGGAUAGAGUACUGCGUAUCAUGAAAAAGAUUAAUCCAGAGGUUUUCGUUCUUGGCAUCAUGAAUGGAUUCUACAGCUCCCCCUUCUUUCUUCCACGAUUCAGAGAGGUGUUGUUCCAUUACUCUUCACUGUUUGACAUGUACAACACUAUUGUAGCUCAGAAUGAUGAAGCGAGGAUAUUAAUAGAGAGGGAUCUCCUUGGGACGGAUGUUCUUAAUGUUGUAGCAUGUGAAGGUGCAGAAAGGGUUGAGAGGCCAGAGAGUUACAAACAGUGGCAAGCGAGAAGUCUCAAGGCUGGGUUCAAGCAACUUCCUGUUAAUCAAGCAAUCCUGAAGAGAUCAAUAGAUGAAAAAAAGAAGAACUAUCAUGACAACUUUGUCAUCAACGUAGAUAGUGGUUGGCUGCUACAGGGAUGGAAAGGGAGGAUAAUGCAUGCAGUGUCCUCAUGGAAACCAAAAGAAUCAUAUACUAAUCAGUAAGAUCAAAGUUGAUCUUUAUGUA